CGGAGGGAAGUGAAACUGAAGCAAAUGAAACGAUUGCUGUAAGUACUUCAGAACCAAAAUUGUCAGUGCCAGAAAUGGAGGAAUCCCAUGUAGGAAGUAUGAUAGAAAAAAUCUCACCCAAAACAGAAGGUGAAUUUGAUAUGCAUGUGGACUCCCCUCUUCCUGACCCCGAUGAUGUACCUCCCUCACCUCCAUGUGGAGUGGAUGAAGAAGGUUUGCUAGACAGUUCAGCAAGUAGUCGGGCCAGUUCCGAUCGUGGGACUCCCAGUAAACCUGGGAUAAGGAUUCCAAGUGGUGGUGGAAUAGGGGGUGGGGCAGGGAUGGCAGAUAAUGUGAGCACCUGUUCAACCAGCUCAUCCUCUUCUCAGACCCAGGUCCAGGGAUCUGGAACAGUUCGCGGGAAAUGUCCCAACAGGCCAGGUAUCAUCUGGCGGAAAGGUGAAAAAGUUGAAGCCAUGGAUUUCAUGAAAAAAUGGUAUUCUGCUAAGAUAGUAGAUAUCGAUGAGGAGGAAUCAACAGUUCUUAUCCACUUUGAGGGGUGGAAUCAGCGUUAUGAUGAAUGGGUCGAGAUGACAAGUGAUAAACUUCGUCCUAAAAUGAGACACUCUGGAAGAAAGGAGAAAAGAAAACGACUCAGUGGGGACUAUAAGUUGGGAGAAAAUGUAUACGCACGAUGGACUGACUGUAAAAUGUAUCCAGGAAAGGUUACCAAUGUACAGUCGGAUGGUUCCUAUGAGAUAAUGUUCUAUGAUGGUUUCAAAAAGAGCGUCCAGCCCAUGAACAUUCGACCUCGAGCUGUGGAUGUCAAACAGAAAACAGAAAUUGUAAGUAGUUUACCUAAAGAACAGCGAAAGAAAUCCAAUGAAGAUGAAGAAGCCCAGAAGAACCCAGCUGGCUCUGCUAUGAUAUCUGAAGAGAUGGAAACAGAGGGCAAUGUUGGACGGCGGAGGUCAUGCCACCUCAGGUCAAAGGUUACUCCAGAAUCUGAAGAACACAAGUCUCACCAGAAACAUGAUCCAACUAUAAAACAAAGAAAACGACCUUCAUCAGACAGUGGUAAAAAGAGGCGACGCGAGACAACAGACGGUCAACCUGGAAAACGAAACAAAGACACAAGUGUGGUACGAAAACGCAGUUCAAGUGCUACGCUAUCUAAGAAGAAGCUGAUUGUGGCAGGGUCAUUUUUCGCUCGACGUGAACGUACUGAUGGCGACUCUGUAAGUGUGAAGUCUUCGUCAAGUACUGGUGGAGCAGGCUUACCUCACACAGGGGAGUCUGCUAAUAGGAUACAAUUCAAGGUAGAUGUUAAGCCUCUGAUGCCACCUGUGGCCAGGCCAGCCACCACCAGUGCCGUAGUUUCAAGUCCUGAACCUGUACCUGCACCUGCACCGUCCUGUCCAGCCAACACCACAUCCACAAAUUCCUCUGUGUCCGCCUCCCAAAAACAGCCCCUCCCCCAGAAAGCGGAUGUGACGCAUGGAGUUAGUGGUGAUUCUGUUCUUCCAGUGACUAUCAAACGUGAGAAAAAAGCCAAGAAACGCACAGCAUCCCCGUCCAUGUCUGAGACCAGCAGCACUAGUGAGUCGCAGGUUGAGGCUACUGAGGGAACACCUGUCAGAAAACGAAGUCGCUCCAAGGAAAAGGAAAAAGCAUCUGUGCCUGUGAGUCAAUUGUCCCCUAGUAUGUCACCAGCUCCACCACUCCAGACCCAAGGCACUGUUCCAGUAGUUACUGGCAUACCCAAGAAAGCCUUUAUCAUAGAGCAGGACCACAACCAUUUUAAGUGUGUAUUUGAAGGCUGUAACAAGGCGUUUCGUAAGGAAAAUCUUUUAGGCAGUCACAUCAAAUACUACCAUUGUGAUGACACCAAGAAACCAACCCUGCCACAACCCACUCGUAAACGUCGUAAGACUACCAGUGUUUGUUCUACAGACUCGGAUGUGUCAUCUUCCUCCAAACAGAUGACACCUGUCAGUAAGGCACACCCCAUGGACGCCCUGUCAACAACACCUGAUGUCCAGGAAUGUGUAACUGUGGACAUUGUCGAAGAUGAGGUUGAUUCUAAAGUGGCUGAUAUGAAACACCAGAGGACUUGUAGUCAGGACACAACGGCAACAGAGGAGUCCAUAGAGACGGAGGAUGAACUGAGCAAGGAUGAAGUGGUCAAUUGUAUCUGUUUAUUUAAUGAGGAAAAUGGACUUAUGAUUCAGUGUGAUGUGUGCCUGUGCUGGCAGCAUGCCGUUUGUUUUGACCUUACAGUGGAGACGUUACCAAAGAAAUACAUCUGUUUUGUGUGUUCAGACCCAACAGGUGUGAGAGAAAGUUGUCGAUACAUUCAUGAACAAGAUUGGAUUAAGCAUGGAAAUCUGACCAAGUUUGGAUUUCUGAACUAUCAGGAUCGUGACAGUCGAAAGGCAGGAACUAUUCAAGCUACUAGUAAUCUAGUAUCAGAUAUUCACAAUAUAAACACAGUGCUACACAGUCUUAAGGAGGAAAUCAAAUUGUCCAGAGAUAAGGAUCAUCGACAGUUCAAGAUAUGGACCACAGAUCUAGAUAGUGAAGAAUUGUGUCCAGAGGAAACAGGGCAUGGCAGAUUCAACCAAUCAAAUUUGUUGAUAGAUAGUGAUAUGAAUCAAUCAGAUUCAGUGUUGCAUUCCAAAAUAAACCAAUCUCAAUUGCAUACAGAUUCUUUGGUGUCACAAAAGGACCAAUUAGAGACAAGCAUAAAAACAGAAACUCUGUCACCCUCCAGCCACAAUAUUCCAGCCGAACAGAGUGACAGUGUAGGUGUACCUCUGGUUAUGAAAUCAGAACCUGUAGAUGUGUCUGAAGUUUCAGAUGAAAGUACUGGGACAUUUCAGCCUAGUGUAAACAAUACAUCUGGUAUAGUCCCUGGGACGGACAAAGAUCCUGGUGAAAUGAGAAACAGUCCAACAGAAAAUAAAGAAAGUCAAUUGACAGAGAAACAGCCGACUGUGAGUCCAUCCAUAAUUAAUCAAUCCACAGAAAAUAAGUCAUGUCUGUCCACAUCCAGUGAAUCUGACACAGGUCAAUCCACAUUGAGUCAGUCCAGUUUAAGUCAAUCUACUACAAAUCAAUCUGUAGGCAGUGAGUCAACUGUGAGUCAAUCCACAUUGAGUCAGUCAAGUGUAAGUCAAUCGACAAAUCAAUCAGUAGGCAGUGAGCCAACUGUGAGUCAAUCCACAGACAACAUCCCAACAGUGAGUCAAUCCACAGACAAUGUCCCAGCAGUGAGUCAAUCCACAGGCAGUGAGUCAACAGUGAGUCAAUCCACAAAUACUGAGAUGUGUGACAAAAAGCCUGAGACAUUUGGGCAGAUAGUACAAGUAAAGGCAGAAGUUUUGGAUGGACGUGAUGUGGAGCAGGAGGAUCCAUUCCAGUUGUGUGAGAGGAAUCUUCUGCAACACAUACUGAGGGUCCAAGGACAGGUCGACUCACGACUUGACAUGAUUGAGGAACAGGUUAUAGCGCUGGAGUCUGCAGAGAUGGGGAGGGGAGAUAACUCUUGUUCACCGAUACAGAAUCCGUUAACUGACCUACCGACACUCAAGAAAUCUCUUCACAUGUUGCAGAGCGACCUUGUAAAGGUCAAACGUAUGUCUGCUUACCAUAGAUAGCAGACUUCAACAUAAUCUGUAGUAUAAUUGAUCAAAAGUUAGUAACAGUGACGUCACUAACACCAGUGUGUAAUAGGAACAUGCUAAGAUCACUGACACCAUUCCCAAUGUAUCUUAUUACAAAUUGACUUUGACAUGGUUUUAGGUAAGGAAAAUAAGUCAAUAAGGUAUUUGACAAUGUUUCAUUGCUGUCUAGUAAGAAUCAUGCAUUUGGAAAUACAGACAACAAUCAAGACAAUAUAUUUGAGAGCCAGUUUUGUUAAACACGAUUGAAGAAAUAAAAGUCUUUGCUAUAA